AUGGUUAUAUUUCAAUUAGAUUUACAAUUUUUCGCCCAAAAGAAAGGGGGCGGUUCUGCUUCCACUAACCGAAGUCAUGAUUCGAUUUCAAAACGUUUAGGAGUUAAAAAGUUUGGCGGCGAACAAGUGCGGGGAGGCAAUAUUAUUAUUUGUCAACGAGGAACCAAAUAUAAAAUUAAGAAAAGUGAUGAAAGUGUAUUUUUCGGAAAAACUUAUAACAUUCAUGCUAAAUAUGAUGGAGUAGUUAGUUAUUAUAAUCAAGGCGGAAGAAAGAAAAGAACUUUUGUGACUGUUUUGUCUAAGCCAAACAAAGAGCAGGAAGCCCAAACCAUCGAAGAAUAA